AGUCCAGAAACUGUUGUUAUCGUCUGCAUGACGGCCAGAAGUUUUUCCGAAACCCGCGAUUCGUCGUAGGGCAGUUGCAACUUUGUUUCGUCGAGGUGCACUUUUGGUGCCGGAAAGCCAAUGCAGUGCGAUGAAGCCCGUUUCAUCAAAAGAAAAAUCCGAGCUGGAGCGAUUGAUGUCCAUCCCACUGAGACUGCGCUUGUGGUCAGUUACCAACUCGAAGCCUUCAUCCUUGGAGAGCUUGGGGACCCCAUGCUUGGAGAUAAGAAGGAAUGCCAGAAGAUUAUACGCUUAAAGAGCUUAAAUCCGGAUACAGACUGUGCUGCUCUUGCUAAAGAGGUUGUAGAAAAAUGCAGUCUUAUUCAUUCAUCGAAAAUUGCAGAAGUCGAACACCUUAUCUAUUACCUUCAAAAUCGUAAAGAAAAUCCAUUUAAUGAUCGAGUUGAAAGUCCACUGCAGGGCUCAAUAUACUCAGGAACUGAGAGCCCCUCCUCCAUAGAAAUGAUAGGUAAUGCUUCUGCUGAGAGAGCAACAAUUGCUAAUAUAGAAUCAUAUGUGGAAUUAUUGUAUGAAGAUAUGGCAGAGAAAGUAAGAGGCUCAGGAUUAAUUCUGGAACUUGCAAAGGACCCCAAUAAUUUAGAAGACCUGGCUAAGAAUGAGUCUUUACUGAGUGCUCUGUCAAGAGUUUUGCGAGAAGACUGGAGAAAAAGCAUGGAAUUGAGCACUAAUAUAGUUUAUGUCUUCUUCUGUUUUUCUACUUUUUCUCAAUUUCACUCUUUGGUUCUGCAGUACAAGAUUGGAUCAUUAUGCAUGGAAAUAGUUGACUUUGAACUUAAACGGUACGAGCAAUGGAAGGCUGACUUGGAAAGUUGCCGUGGGCAAUAUGAGCCAAAUAAUGGUAUACCAAGAUCCGAAGAUUCAAUCAAAAAUAACAUUCCACCCUCUCAAGUAGCUGAACACAGAAGGUCUGGUGCAUUUGGACACAGUCACAUUCCAGUAAGUCGGAGACACAAUGACCCGUCGCCAAGUCCUAGUGGAGGAGAUGAAGACAGUAAAAAGAAGCGGCAUAGCUUGCUAGCUCCUGGGGAGAUACUAAAGCGACAUGUGGAAGCAGCAACAUCAAGUGGUGAUGGAGGUAAAAGGAAUAGCAUGGUCAAAUCUCCUUCCUAUGGUAUGGUUCGUUCUCCUUCGACAGACGAUGGUAGGAGAUCUGCCAAUUCUAUGAGUGUCAGCAGGACAAUGACUGACAGCUGUGGAAGUGUGGGCAGUAUGGAAAAUGAACCACGGAAAGACAGUGGAACGAAGCAGAGGGAGGAGUUUGACAAGACAGCCAGAAAGUUUCGCACUCUCAUUAAGAAACAAGACCAGCUUCUCAGAGUCUGCAUAUAUUUGCUCUUGAAUAUAGCAGAAAACCAACGUGUUGAAGAUAAAAUGCGCAAGAAAAAUGUAGUGGGAGUUUUGACAAAAACUUUGGAGCGUACCACACCAGAGCUUUUAGUUCUUGCCGUGACUUUUCUUAAAAAGCUAUCUCUUUUCAAAGAAAAUAAAGAUGUGAUGGCUGAACUUAAUAUAAUUGACAAACUUCAAAGAGUGCUCCAGAUGGGCAAUGCAGAGCUUGAUCAUGUUACUUUAAAGCUCCUCUUCAACUUGUCAUUUGAUACUCGCCUGCGCGAACGUAUGGUGCGGGCAGGAUACUUACCUAAACUUGUUGGAAUGCUAUCUGAAAAACAGCAUCAAUCAACAGUGCUGAAAAUAUUGUACAACCUGAGUAUGGAUGAUAGGGUCAAAUCUAUGUUCACUUAUACUGACUGUGUCAAUGCAGUUGUGGGAAUGGCUUUGGAGCACGGCAAGGAUCAAGUGGAUCUUGUAGUUGUGGCCCUUGCUAUUAAUCUGGCACUUAACAAACGGAAUGCCGAAAUAAUGGUGGAAGGAGGAAGAUUGCAGCUUCUAAUGGACCAAGCAUUCAGAAAUCUAGACUCUCUUUUAAUGAAAGUUGUUCGAAACAUUUCACAGCAUGAUUCUUGCAAAUUGCUGUUUGUGGAGUUCAUUGGCGAUUUGGCAAAAGUCUUAACCCAGUGCACUGAUAAAGAGUUCCUUCUGGAGUGCUUGGGUGUCAUGGCUAAUUUGACUCUGCCUGAUCUGGACUAUUCUCAAGUGCUUCAGCAAUUUCGCCUCAUACCAUGGCUACGAGCUCACCUUGUUCCUGGUAUGUUUUGUUGUCAGUUAGUCUUCAAUAUCAGCAGCAAUACCUUGCACAAAUUUUACUUGAAUUUUCCCCUUGUUAUGUUUAUAGGCAAGUCAGAAGAUGAUCUUGUGUUGGAAGUAGUCAUGCUGCUAGGUACUGUAGCAGCUGAUGAGAACUGUGCUUCAGUCCUUUGCAAAGCUGAUCUCCUGCUCUCUCUCAUCGAACUUUUGAAAGCCAAACAAGAAGAUGAUGAGAUGGUGCUACAAAUUGUUUUUGUUUUCUACCAAAUGGCUCGCCACCACUUGACAAGAGAAUACCUAAUAAAGGAAACAGAGGCUCCUGCCUAUCUAAUAGAUUUAAUGCAUGAUAAAAACAGUGAAAUCCGAAAGCUUUGUGAUGCCUGUUUGGACGUGAUAAAAGAAUGUAAUGAGGAUUGGGCGUCUCGAAUAAAACUCGAAAAGUUUCGUUGGCAUAAUUCUCAAUGGCUUGAAAUGGUGGAGUCGCAAGCUCUUGACACAUCUGGUUAUGGGCAGCUGGGAGAUGAUGGCGAUCCCUUACCUGCAUUCCUGAGCAGUGACAUGCUAACACAUUCGUUGCUAUUCCCUGCUGGUUCCCAUGUGUCUCUGGAUGACUUGGAUGACAUCGAAAUUGUUUCUAACAAUACUCUCUCAGAUGGUGAAAGUCGCCCUGGCAGCAGGGAUGGUGCCUUAGAUGAGUUCGGAAGUCCAAAGAAGAAUCCUAAAGUCAACACAAAUGGUACAUUUAACAAUAUGAUCAUCACUACCGGUGAUUAAAUAGUUGAAGAAAACAUUAUUAUGUUUCCACUAGUCACUUGUUUAUCUAGUCGCUUUGUGUCCACCUGAAUAAUUCUUGAAACAUUCCAAUAAUUUCACUAUUGUUAGAUGUAAUGUUGCUUCAAACACACUACAGAUCAAUUGUGUGAAAUUAAGCUUUGUGAUCUAAGCUCAGUGCUGUUUUUUAUGCAUUAUUAUGAAUUUUAAAACCAUGUCUUUGCACUUUUGUAAAUCAGGAUCUAUUCUAAUUGUAAAUUGAAAAUUCAAAUUGUUUAUGACCUUACCAGUGGAAGGGAUAGACUACUGUUGCAGCUACAGUCCUUUGCACAUCAAGCUUCCAUGGUAUCUUAUGUAAUAUAGGUUUUGUACAAGUUUUACAAGUGUCCUUUAAUGUUUCAGUAUUUCUAAAGCUUUAAUUUAUUUUUAUGUCUUGUUGGCUGCAGUUGAGUUAGAGUGAUGCACAUUGUGAACUUUUUUAAUUCGAAUUAAAUGUACUAUGCUUUA